CAAUCUAAUACAUUAUUAGAAAUGGAUUCUAAUGAUAAUAUCACUCUAGACAAUAUAGAUAAAUCAAAUUCUUUGAAGAAGAAAAAAAUAGAUAAAAUAGAUGAACUUUUAGAUGAAGAUUUAAAAGAUGAAAUUAUGGAUACUAAAGGCUUUGAUAACUUUUUACAAGAUUG